AUGACCAUGGCCCAAAACGGUCGCCAGAGCGCCCGCCACCUGCUGCUCCUGCCGCCGCCGCCCUCGCCGCCGUCGUUCGUCACGCUCAACGCCGCCUACGGCGCGACGCUAUGCCUCGUCCUGCGGCAGCUCCAGCACUCCUCGGCCUCCGCCACCGGCGCUGCACUGCUGGAAAUCGCACUGCCGUGUCCGCAUCUGCAUGCGAGUGGGCGUGUCCCGCGCGCCGCGCUCUUUGCGCGCACGCAGAGCCUGGUGGCCGGCCUCUACAAGCUGAUCUGCGUCAUUGCCGCGCGGGAGAGAAUCGACGUAGAGAGCGCAGACGGCGUCGACGCACGCAUCCUGCUGCUGGCAUACCCCAGAAACGGCGCGCUGAGCCAUCUGCCCGCUGAGGGCCGAGCCGAGGCCGAUCUACAAGGUCCGGUCAUCGACAUUGGCACGUUGGCGCAGAGCGGCAGAUCAUGGGACACGGUCUACGCCGUGGAGGGCGAGGCAGGGGAGCAGCUGCUUAAGGAUUUCCAGGCGUGUGGGAAGCAUAUGCACAACAUCAAGAAGGCGCGUGGGGGCAUCGUGCAGGUAUCAGACGGCGAUGCAAAUGAGCCUACCCUGGAUCAAGUCCGGAGGCACGUCUCCGUCGCGGUUGGUGGGACGUUUGAUCAUCUGCACAUUGGUCACAAGCUGCUGCUUACCAUGACGGCCUUCGCGGUCGAGCCCGCAUCGAGCGUGGAGGGGUCCGAACGCGGCAUCACUGUCGGCAUCACUGGUGACGAGCUGCUCAAGAACAAGAAGUACGCCGAGUAUCUCGAAAGCUGGGAUGCACGGCAGCGGCGCACUGCUGAGUUUCUACGCUGCAUCAUCGACUUCGCCCCGCCAGGGGGAGGCAUGCAGAAGGUGGAGGAAGUGAACAACCCCGGUCCGAACGGGCACGCUAUCAACAUCACGCUACCCACCAACCUGGUGCUCAAGUGCGUCGAAAUCUGGGAUCCGUACGGUCCCACGAUCACAGACGAGAGCAUCUCUGCCUUGAUCCUGUCCGGGGAGACGAGAUCUGGCGGGAGAGCGGUGAAUGCCAAGCGCCAAGAGAAGAGCUGGCCGGAACUGGAAGUGUUUGAAGUAGAUGUCCUGGAUGCGCAAGAGGAACGGGAUGCGCAGGGAGCAGGCGUGGAGCAGAGUUUCCAGAGCAAGCUCAGCAGCACGGAGAUCCGCCGGGUGCAGAGCGAGAGGUCUAGGCCAACAGGCAAUGCGUGA